AUGGCUUUAUCCGAACGAUCACGCGUGCGAUUAUUGACGUCGGUGGGAGAAACGUCGGACUACAUAAACGCUUCAUACAUCACGGGAUACAGACAAAGCAAAGAAUUCAUCAUCACGCAAAAACCUCUUCCCCACACGGUCAAGGACUUCUGGAGAAUGAUUUGGGACCACAACGCCCAGCUCAUCGUGUCGCUCCCGGGGCCCACCACCUUUGAGGAGGUAGCGGAGUCCUGCGCCUUCUGGCCUCGUAAGGGAGAGCCCAUCAGCUACGAGGCGUUCACGGUCACACAGAAAUCGGAAAACCACAUCUGCCUGAGCAACGAGGACAUGCUGGUGGUGCAGGAGUACGUUCUGGAGGCCACGCAGGACGACUAUAUGCUGGAGGUGCGACACUACCGCGCCCCCCGCUGGCCAAACCCGGACAGUCCCAUCAGCAACACGUUCGAGCUGCUUCACCUGCUGAAGGAGGAGACGCACACGAAGGAGGGGCCCACGGUGGUCCACGAUGACGUGGGCGGGGUCACGGCGGGAACCUUCUGCACUCUCCUGUCUCUGAGUCGAGAGCUGGAGGAGGACCAGGCGCUCGACGUCUUCCAAGCGGCCAAACUCACAAACCUGAUGAGGCCCGGAGUCUUCAGCGACCUGGACCAGUUCCAGUUCCUGUACAGUGCCAUGUUGAGUCUGGUGGGGAAGCAGGAGGACGAGAGAGCCCUCCACUGCUCCGACAACAACGGGACGAUCGUGGUGGGAUCGACCAGCACCGCGGAGAGCCUGGAGUCCUUGGUCUAA